AUGAACAUCAUGAGCCACUCAGCACACGUCACGUCAACUGUAAACCCGGAUUUGUCGGAUAAGGUGCCGACGUUCGCCGUGGCUGAGUCGCCUUGGGUGUUUCUUAGAAAACACUUUACAGCCGGACUUAAGACUUACAACCGGUCAGACUGGACCGAGAUUACAGUUGCCCCGCUCCCAGCGCCUGCAAUCGACGUGACCCAGAACGAAGAACCGCCAGAACUACCUACGCGCGUCAUAGCGGGCUGUGCCGACCCUGUCCGCCAUCCCGUCCUCGUCGAGAGCCAGAGCCGCAAGGACCGAUACAUCGCUCUGAGCCACUGUUGGGGCUCAACGGCCUCCUCCAUCACGAAAGCAGAGCGCGGCGACAGCAUGCAGCGCCGUCUGCAGGAGGUACCCUUUAACGAGCUGAGCACAAACUUCCGGCACGCCGUCGAGGUCACACACGCGCUGGGCUACCAGUACCUCUGGAUCAAUUCGCUCCACAUCGUCCAAGACGACUGGGCCGUCGAAUCGGCCAAGAUGGCCGAGGUAUACACCCCGGCGUCGCUCACCGUUGCCGCGGCCAACAGUGCGUGGGCAGACGAGGGCUUCCUGCAGCCAAGACAGAGGCGCCGGACCGUGAUGUUUCCAUUCCAGGGCGGCCCGGGAGUCAUUUCCAGCUACUUCACGGUCGCCGAGCCCUCGCCAGAAGAUGCGAAGGAACUGCGCGACAGCUUCCAUAUUGAAGUCGACGGCGGCCCGUUGGCUGCGCGAGGCUGGACUCCGCAAGAGCGGCUGCUCGCACGGCGCAUCGCCUUCUUCGGCAAAGACCAACUGCACAGGGAUACGAGACUGCUCAACGACUGGUACAGGGUCCUCGGCGAGUUCACCAGGCGCGGACUGACCAACAAAGAAGACAAGCUGCCCGCGCUAUUGGGCAUCGCCAAAGUGAUCAGCCAGGGCUUUGGUCCCGGCUUCGACACCACGUACCACGCCGGCCUAUGGGCGCGUGACCUCCCACGUGCUCUGCCGUGGAAAACGGUUGCCCCCGACGCCGGGACCGGCGCUGCGCUACCGGGUCCGUCGUGGUCCUGGAUAUCCCGGGACGCGGCUAUCUACCUGGCGAGCGAGGAGUCCACUGCCGUGACCGACAUCCUCGGUGCCGCGUGGGACAUCGUCCUGGCCGGGAGCGAUGCCCACGGCAGGGUGAAGCAAGGCACGCUCACGCUCACGGGCUCCCUGAAACAGGUGUCCUCCAUCCAGCGCAUCGAGCGAGAGCCUCGAGUCGUCGGUCCGUUCUCGUGCCCGCUCUCAGACGCGCUCCUCUUCGACGGCCAGGGACAGCAGAUCGCCUCGGCCGUGCUGGACGAGCCGGCUGACGCGAGCGUGUAUGCGCAGCCCUUGUAUGCGGUCCCCGUCAGGCACGCCAUGGCCAAAACCAAGCCUGCGCUCUCGAUCCUCUCCAUCGAGGCCCUGCUGUUGCAGGACAAGGACGAUGGCACGUCUAGGCGGGUCGGGGUCGCCAGCAUGGGCGGCAGCAAUGCCAAAACAGCAAAGGCCUCUGCAAUGGAGACUUUCGCCUCUCCAACAUCUCGUGCCAGACCGACAACACCAUCGAUGACCUAA